GUAAGCGCGUCAUCCGGGUAUUUCCGCGAGUCGAGGCGGGGGCGCAGUGUGUUGUUCAUCAUUCUUCACUGCAGCGCAGCGCGGAAACGCGACGGAGAGCGACCCGAGCCGCAGCGACGCGCGAUAUGGACGGACUGUUUCACCAGUGGGGAGCGUCCCCGGUGGCCCAAGGCCCUCCGUACGUGGAGAUAAUCGAGCAGCCGAAAGCACGAGGGAUGCGUUUCCGCUAUAAAUGCGAGGGUCGAUCCGCUGGCAGCAUCCCAGGAGAGAAGAGCAACGAGUCCACAAAAACACACCCCGCCAUCAAGGUACACAACUACAGCGGGCCGCUGAGAGUGCGCAUCUCUCUGGUGACCAAGAACCAGCCGUACAAGCCACACCCACACGAGCUGGUGGGCAAAGAGUGCAAACACGGGUAUUACGAGGCAGACUUACAGGAGCGGCGGAUACACAGUUUCCAGAAUCUGGGCAUUCAGUGCGUGAAGAAGAAGGAUGUGGGAGAUGCAGUUUCCUGUCGCCUGCAGACACAGAACAACCCCUUCAAUAUCCCGGAGCCCAGGAUCUGGGAGGAGGAGUACGAUCUGAACGCGGUGCGCCUGUGCUUCCAGGUGUCCAUCACGCUGCCCAGUGGAGAGCUGUUCUCUCUGGAGCCCGUCGUGUCUCAGCCCAUCUAUGAUAACCGAGCUCCUAACACAGCCGAGCUCAAGAUCUGCCGCGUCAACAGGAGCUCCGGCAGCUGCCGCGGAGGAGACGAGAUCUUCCUGCUGUGCGACAAAGUGCAGAAGGAGGACAUCGAGGUGCGUUUCUUCCAGGACUCGUGGGAGAGCAAGGGCUCGUUCUCUCAGGCUGAUGUUCACCGGCAGGUGGCUAUCGUGUUGCGCACGCCUCCGUACCGCGACGCUAACCUGACGGAGCCGGUGCGUGUGAAGAUGCAGCUGCGCAGGCCGUCUGACCGCGAGCUGAGCGAGCCGCUGGACUUCCAGUACCUGCCCGCAGACCCGGAUGAGCACCAUCUGAUGGAGAAGCGCAAGAGAACAGAGGGGAUGCUGCAGAACCUCAAACUGAGCAGCAUCAUCACAGGAUCCUCCAUGCCUGCAGACAGACGGCCGUUUAGUACAGCUAAACGAACACUAGGCAUCUCUAAACCCACAGCCGCCAGCAGCCUCCCAGCAGCGGCGUCUGCAGGUGUGUCCUCCUUCUUCACUCCUGGCCCGGGGCAGCUGUUCGCUCAGAGUCCGCUCAGACUGGAUCUGCCGAGCUCCAGCUGCAGCGGCGACCCGUGGAAGCUCCUGCAGAGUGUGACGGUGGACUCCCAGCCCAAGCCUCCGGUCCCUCCGGUCUUCUCCACGGUGAACCUGUCGGACCUGCAGGACUUCCCCCCGAGCAGCUUCAUCCCGGCGGAGCCCCCGAGCGCCCCGCAGGACGCCUUCCCCAGCUGCUCCGACGUGGACAGCAUCAACACCGAGGAGUUCCAGGCGCUGCUGGGCCAGAGCGGCUCCGCCUGGACGUCCUUCCCUCCCAGCCUCCUCCAGAGCGAGAGCGCGACUGUCCUGGACGACCUGGAGGUGCUCAGCUCCAUCGACGACGAGCGCUUCAUGUCCAUCUUCUCCAGCACACACCAGACGGGCUUUCUGUCCGGACACCCCACCUAACACACUGUGUAUUCCUGAGGACUUCCGACUGUAACGUCUCACUCAGUGCCUUAUUGAGCGGCUCAGCCAAUCACUGCGCAGGACCCACAGCCUCGCCGACCAAUGACUGUUGAGAACACCGAGCAGUUAUGACCACUGUACAAUGAGCUUCUUAAAGUAAGAAGAGUUUAUUAACACUUUUAAAGGAGCAUCGCACCAUUUUUAUCAGACCUGUGUUUUGAAGCCAGAAGUGAAAAACUAUUUUUGAUCAUUUAAUUAGUCUUUUAAAGCGUCAUCAGCUGGAGGGAUGAAACAUUGACAAUUUAAUUAUUCUUUU